ACGUGUCUACCACUUAAACCUAGCGUUUCUGUCGUCGCCACAUAGGUAGAGAAAAAAAGAAUGCACACAGUCAAAGCCAUCGGGAUUAGUUGAUUUUUGAAUUUCGUAUGGUACGGUUGUAAGCAUGACAACAACAUUGUCCUCUCAAGACAUGGACAUCAGUUCAGAUUUAGCCAAAAAAACGUUACAAGAUUAUGAAGUUAUUUCGGUUAUUGGCAAUGGUGCUUUUGGAACUUGUUUUAAAGUUCGCAACAAGGAAACAGGCGGUUUAUAUGUUUGGAAAGGUAUAGACUAUGAUGAGUUAAGCGAGUCCCAUAAGGAAUCGCUAAUUUCAGAAACAUGUAUGCUGCAGCAGCUCCAACAUCCCAACAUUGUACAAUACUAUCAUCAUUUGAUUAAUCAUGAGGCAAAGUCUAUUUUCAUCGUAAUGGAAUACUGCGAAGGUGGAGAUUUGUCCAAGCUGAUAGCCAAGGCAAAGGCGGAAAAUAAACGAUUCGAGGAACGUUUUAUAUGGCGUACGCUUUUCCAAAUUUGUUGUGCUCUUCAGCUGUGUCACAACAAAAUAGAAAAUGGUACAAUUCUGCAUCGAGACAUAAAACCAGCUAACAUAUUCUUAGACAUGGAAGGAAAUGCUAAGCUAGGUGAUUUUGGUUUAGCCCGCAUGCUUAGACGAAAUGAAGCGUUUGCAGAAUCGUUUGUUGGUACGCCCUACUAUAUGAGCCCUGAAAUUGUAAAGGGUUCCAAAUACGAUCGUAAAUCCGACGUUUGGGCCUUGGGCUGCUUGAUUUAUGAAAUGUGUGCUCUCCGUCCACCUUUCAAAGGAAAAGAAUUUCCUCAACUUUCCGCUAAUAUUUCAAACGGUAAAUUCACCAAUAUUCCCAAAAUUUAUUCGAAAGAUCUCCAGGAAAUAAUUGCGUGCAUGCUAGAAGUUGAACACGAACAAAGGUCCAGCAUUGAGGAAAUUACUAGGCAUCGGACACUAGUGCGUAACAUCAACGAUUUGGGCAAAAAAUUUCCUCGCCUAAUUGACAUAGAGAAUGUUGAGCAUAAUUUACAUGUGGUAACUGAAGGUCGGUGUAAUUUGGAGUGCAGCCCACUACGAGACUUCUCCAGUACUACGUUUUCGGAGCAAAACAGUUUUCAUGAAGGAUGCGGCCAAAGAAGUCUUAGUAUUACUGGCGUUUUCACACCAGACUUAAGGGCAGAACUUUUUUACUCUGCCAAACAAAGGAUUUUCCCAAUUAAUUUCAAGCUACAAGUGUCCGAUCCGGAAUUGUAUGAAACCAUUCGAAGACAAGAGUAUGCCACUAUAGAUGAAACCAUAAAACUAGUCACGAAGGAGAGUGAUCAUGUCAAUCGCGAUGACAACUCUCCACAUUUGAAAACUCGCGAUAUUUUUGAUAGCGUAAUUCAAGACCGACUUCAUGCACUACGUGCCCAAGAAUUUUUGCUGCAACAAAAAGAAGAAACCCUUAUCGCAAGAGAGCAACAAUUGAAUGAGAAAGAAAAACGUUUAUUCGCGUACGAGCAACGUUUAGUGGCAAAGUAUAAGGCCAUUAACGAAGAACAAUCUAUGAAAAUGAAUUGCACUACUCGACCACCUAAAAGUCUAACCGAAUCCUGCCGCAUAUCGUUGACAAAAUUUGAAGUUAACCCCGGAAUGCCACCACCCAUACCACCGAGGAAACCUAUAAGUCACGAUGAAACAUAUUGUACUAUAGAGCUGAACGAUAGUUCCUUAUUACAGCAACAUACGGUGGCCAAAUUGGAUUUGUCCGCAUUGCCAGCCCGAAAAGCCUUUCCCGCUUUGCGCAAAGUCACUUUUCAAUCACCCAAAAAAUUUAUUACCUUCGAUAUUGAUUCCGAAACGAGUAAGGUAACAGCUCCUCCUACUACAAAUCAAAUGCAGACAAGUGUAUCGAGUAAAGGAAGCGACGAAUCGACUGAGAGUUCCUCAACAACAUCGUCAUCAAAACAUCGCCGUAAAUCGAUUCUUUCUCUUUUUGGUUUAAGUCGCAAAAGUAAAGAGGAUAACAAUCAUCCAAUGAAAACGCGGACAAUUCCAUCCAAAGUGCCACCCAACGCUAUCCAAGAUCGGAUAAUAUCGAGAGAAGAAUGUGUUCUUUCCAAAUGUCGGACUACAGAAUUGACGAAAAUUUGGACCAAAGAACACAAAAAAACAGCUUUCGAAAUGUUGGCCGCAUUGAAUGCUUCUGGUCGUUUCGAAGAUGGGUCCAACAAUGCAAAUAUUGCUCCCCGUCAUAAAAUACGUCAAUCGGUGCGUGAACGCGGUACUUUACAACGUAAUCGUAUGCGGCGCUUUCUAAUGGCACAUAACCAACAUCGUGCAAUGAGACCACCGGAACAGAUUGUUCUUUAAAACGUAUUUGGACGAAUAUGCUAGACUACGUUCUUAUAGGAAUUAAAAUUUGCUCUUGUGAUUUGGAAAUUAUUCCUCACGUUAUAAUUAUAAAAAUUUG